AUGUAUUCUCCUGGUUAAUCACAAUAUUUGAAAGAAGGUCCCUUAUAAUCGCAUUCUCCAUAAAGAAUAAUACAAUCACCCUUAGCUGGCAAAUUAGACUCAUAUUAUUGGGAAAUAAGAAUUUAUUAUUAUGCUUGGGCAUUGAUGUAGCUAUCAAGUGUGGCUGUUAGGAGUGUUUCUGGAGCAGUGGCUGUUUCUAAUUAUUAAGUGGGAUCUGUUAAUUUCUCUAAGAAUAUAUUAGUCAUGGGGGCAAAGGAUCUGUUUAUUAAAGACUCUUCUAGGAACGAAGAUUGA